AUGAGGAUCACGGCGGCACAGGCGGAGAAGACGAAGGACGAGCCGAGAGGUGAGGAGCAGGCGGGAUACGGCGGCGGCGGCGAUGACGGCAGCGGGAGGGAGGAGAAGGGGAAGACGGUGGUGGUGGGGGUGCGAAUGGACGCUCAGAGUAGAGAGCUACUGACCUGGGCGCUCGUGAAGGUGGCGGAGCCUGGGGAUCUUGUCGUCGCCGUCCAUGUCCUCCCCUACGACUCCUCUGGCGGUAUAAAUUGCCCCUUCUUCUUCUUCUUCUUUCUCUGAUCUUGCUUUCUCUUUCCCUUGAUCCACUGCACAUGGCGACUGCAGGCCGAACCCAUCCCAGCGAGGACCUCGCCGACUGCUCAUCACUCAUUUCGAUCAUCAGGUCCUUUGACUCGGUGCUCGCCGCCUACGAGGGCUUCUGCAACUUGAAGCAGGUGGGUGAUCUUCUCCUCCGCCUCACGAUAUGACAUCGGCCCGCUUGCAGACGAUAAGCUCUUCGCCUGGUUUCAGAUCGAUCUGAAGCUGAAGAUCUGCCGGGGGUCGCCUCUGCGCAAGAUUCUGGUUCGUGAGGUCCACAACUUCGCCGCCACCAGGCUUGUUCUCGGGGCCGCCAAGAACGACCGCGUCAUCGGGUCAGAUCAUCUGUCCCCUUCCUCUGUUAGAUUAUCAGCCGGGGAGCUCCUUCUCAAUUCUUCUGUAAAUUCUUUCUCAGGUCCUUGACCUCCGUCGCCAGGCACUGCGCCAAGAGGGUUCACCGCGAAUGCUCGGUGCUGGCGGUGAAGAACGGCAAGAUUCUGUUCCGGAGAGAAGCACCGCCGUCCACCGGCGAUAAUUCCCCGGCGACGGGGAGUAGCGAUGUCCUCCCGGCAUCUUCGUCGGUUCUCACAUGCGUGGGAGCAGAGAAGGGCGGCAGCUCCUCGAGCCUGCCGUAUGAUACAGACAUCUCCGACGGUGGGGAUGGCGGCAGGUCGCCAUUUACAUCAUCAGAACCCGUCGGCGAGAUUGAGGAAUCCAUGGCCACGGCCCUUACUCCCCGGAGCUUCAGCUUCUCCUUCCCCAAGGAUCCUCUACUAGAGGGAUCGGCUGGUUCGGAAGAUUCAAAAGCCUCGGUGGCGCCGGAGGCGAUCCAAGUUCCCGCCCGUUUCCCAGCGCUGGCUGCGGCCCGUCGCCGUCGGAAACCUUCGAAGCGGCCGGCAAGUGGUGGAGAAAUUUCCUGUGUAAACAACGCCGGCGGAGCAGCAUUAGUUCCUGAGGGAGAUGGUAAAAACAAUCGAGAAAAGUUGGAGAGCUUUCCGAGGGAAUUGCAGUCGCUCCUUCUGAGAUGUUCGUCGACCUGCAGAUUGUUCAGUUACCAGGAACUCGUGGACAUCACAUCCAAUUUCUCCCUUGGUUCGUCUCUUCUUCUCAACUGGUUCGAAUUCAUCUCGUCUGUUUUUUGUUCAUCUGAAGAAAUUCGGCGAACAUCACGCAGGCAAUCUGAUCGGAAAGGGCGGCGGCAGCAGGGUUUACAGAGGUUUCCUUCCCGACGGCGGGGAACUGGCCGUGAAGCUCCUUCAGCGAUCCGAGCACGUCCUCAAGGAUUUUGUUUCAGAGGUCGAGAUCCUCACAGCUCUGCACCACAGGAGCGUCAUCGCCCUCCUCGGAUUCUGCUUUGAAGAUGAAAACUACGCUCUGGUCUACGAUUAUUUGCCGCGAGGAAGCCUGGAAGAGAACAUCCACGGUGCGAAGUCUUCGCUCAGAUGGAUCGAGAGAUACGAUGUCGCAGUGGGCGUGGCGGAGGCGCUGGAUUACCUCCACGGUGCUUCUCGAAGUUCUGAACCUGUAAUCCAUGGCGAUGUGAAGUCGUCAAACAUCCUCCUCUCGGACGAUCUCGAGCCUCGGCUGUCCGACUUCGGCCUUGCCAGAUGGAGGUCAUCAACUUCAUCGCAUCUCUCCUGCAGUGACAUCGCCGGGACCUUCGGGUUCGUAGCUCUCUUAUCCCCGAUGGAUCGAUCGGAUUUCUGCGCUGUUCGGCAUUUGCAGGUCUUCUUCCGACUGAGACGUGUGGCCUUGCUCUGUUGCAGGUACCUGGCUCCUGAAUACCUCAUAUGCGGGAAGGUGAACGAAGAGGUCGAUGUCUAUGCCUUCGGCGUGGUGCUUCUGGAGCUCCUCACGGGGAGGAAGCCAAUCGACACCGAGAAUCCAGGCGGCCAUGAGAGCCUGGUACUGUGGGUAAGAUUUCCAUCUAUAUUGACGAGAUCCAUGGAAUUCUGCUCUGGAUUUAAGGGAUUUGAGUGAGAAAUUGAAGUAGGGAACUCACUGGCUCGAUCAUGAUGCAGGCGAAGCCGAUCUUGCAGAGAGGGAAGGUGACGCAGAUGCUGGAUCCACGCCUGGGAGAUGAGUACAAUGUCGAUCAGGUAGAAAGAAUGGCUCUAGCUGCUGCUCUCUGCAUCAAGAGAGCCCCCCGAUCGCGGCCGAGGAUGGACUUCGUAAGUCGUCCGAUCAUCUCCCCCACGGGCCUGCUCCAGAGCUUCAGAAAGCUCUCUCUCUCUUCUCUCUCUCUCUCUCUCUCUCUCUCUCUCUCUCUCUCUCUCUCUCUCUCUCUCUCUCUCUCUCUCUCUCUCUCUCUCUCUCUCUCUCGCUCCCUCCCGGUCUCCUGAAUCUGUUUUUAAUCUCCCGGUCGGUAGGUCUUGAAGCUGCUGCAAGGAGAUGAAGAUGAGGUAGAGCGGGCGAGGACGCUCCAGAUCGACGCGACGGAGGAGCUGGCCGGGCUGGACGAGGACGACGAGGUUGCAGAUCCUGCGGCUAACAUCCAGUCCUAUCUCAGCCUCGCGUUGCUCGAUGUGGAGGACGACACCUUCUCUGUCACCAGCUCAGAGCAUACUUCAGACUUCAUCAUGUCCCACAGCUCCCUGGAGGAGUACCUUCGCGGGAGGUGGAGCCUUCAUUCCAGCUUCGGCUGA